AUGGCGUGCGCGGCGGCGGCGGCGGCGCAAGCUGAGGCGGCGGUUGGCGGCGGCGGAGGUCAAACUCCCACAAUGCAGCCGGGUAAACAGCCAUGGAGGAGGAGGCGGCGGCGCCCGCGGCCGCCCGCUCCGACGCCUGAGCCGCGCCGCGCCGCGCCGCCGCCGCCGCCGCCGCGGGACCCGCGCUCCCCGCGCCCCCCGCACUGCCCGGGGGCGGCCGCGGCCGGCGCCUGUGGGGGGCGAGGCCGGCGGGCGGCGGCGGCCCCGGCUACAGCCCCGGCCCCCGCCGCCCCCCCCCCCCCUGCCGCCCCCGCCCGGCCCACGCCCAGAGGCCGCCCCGGAGGCCGCCGCCAGCCGCCAGGGCCUCAGUCUCCUCAUAUGUAAGAUGUUGGCAAUACAGGGGCGCCUGGCUGGCUCCCUCAGUAGAGCACACAUGCAACUCUUGAUCUCAGGGUCACGAGUUCAAGCCCCGUUGGAUGUAGAGCUUACUGAAUGAAUGAACAAAUGAACGGAUGAAUGAAUGGAAAUGCAGGCAAUACCUUGAUCUGAACAGAAUUAAGAAGAAAGAACUUCCACAAUCAUAGCAGAUGAAGAUCCACUGGUAAAUCAAUCAGAAAUUUUGGCCUGCCCGCCAAGAAAAAGCAGAGAAGUUGGCCACCUCUAUCAUGCCAGAUGUUCCAGAUAAAAAACACGAAACCCUUUUUCUCCCCACCUAGAGAAAGCACCUGUAAGCAAACAACUAUGACAGACGUGCCACAAGAGUGCUAUUAUUGCCACGUGAAACAUGAUCAAAAUCCUUGUUUCUGUCACAGGCUUCAGAUUCUCACGUCAGUUUGAAAUAACAGAGCACUUACUGA